AUGUUGGACGGGGGUCGACGAGCUUCGGAUCAAGCGCCACUGUCAGAAGCCUUUCAGGGCUUCUCGAUACCGCGGAAAGCAGUACAUGUAACAGACUCAAAUCUACUUUCUCCGGCGACCUCGAUCGCCUCGUUGCAGUCGCAACAGGCGAACACCUCUUCUCAAACUUCCCAGCGAAAACCGGAUGAGGAAGCCUUUAACAAGGCGCAUUUACAGCAUAAGCCAUGGCGAUCGAGGUCGUUACAAAGGCGAACGCUACUGGCUUUUGCUGGUACUUUCAUCGCUCUCUUGGCUGCCAUCGAGGCUAUCAUACAGGUGUCCCACAACAACAAAGGCCUAGCAAAUGCUGAUGAGAAUGCCUACUAUCUUUGGACCUAUGGGCCAGUUGCUAUUUUAACGGUGACACUCGCGUUCUGGUCUCGGAUCGAAUACAGAUCGAAGCAACUCGCGCCGUAUAUUCUGCUGAACAGCGACCCUGCUUCCACUCAUCAGGCUGUUCAUCUCGACUACGUCUCUCCCAUCGCACCUACGACAAUUUCUCAGGCCGUACGAAACUGUAACGUCUUGGUCGCCUUAGCUUCGGUAUCCUCACUUCUGGUUACUCUGCUCAUCGUCGUCUCCACCAGUCUUCUCGGCUUGAGAUCCUUCCAGCUGGAUCAAACGGGCAUUAAGAUGGCCGUCUCUGAUUCAUUCGUGAAGAGUGUGUCAUCCUUACCUGAUAGCCCUGUUUCUCAAAUGCCCUUCUAUGUCUAUGAUGCCAUCAACAACCUCACCCUGAAGUAUCCCGCCGGGACUACGGCGUCAUUCGCAUACCAAAACUUUACUUCAGCCGACCCAUCAGCCGCCGACACACUAACUGCUGAAGUUGACGGAUUCUCUGCAACUCUCACCUGCGAACCAACUAUGCUCCAUUUCGGUGGUCUUUCGCUAAAUGUACCUACCGGUGGACAGCCGUACAGCAGCUACGCACCUUUUGAUGAUGUUUCCAAUGUUACAGUCAGUUUAGGCGGCUGCGAGGCGAAAUUGACACCGCCUUUAUAUACGACGGCAAUCGGAGUGAAACAAACCUUUGGACAGUUUCUCAAAGUAGCGUGUGCCGAUGGUGGAGAUGAAGAAGACUCGCAGCGCAUCCUGAUAUACACAAUGGAGCUGAUGAUCAACUCCUCAGCAUCCCCGGAUGAAUAUCACCGGACGUACUACUACAGUAUUACCCGCUCAACUCAACUCCUAUGCAGACCGUCAUACAGCCUCCCUCGUCUCAGUGUCACAAUUGACCGAGCCAGCGGCGAACAUACUGCAGCUACUUUGGUAGAUUCUUCUCCGGUCAUCGAUGGUGGAAAGAUUACUGGUCUGAGUGCUUGGAAUUUGACAGAUUUGAUCCUGGAUGCGGUGGCAGUGAUUUCGCCUUACAACAGUGACGACUAUUGGGGUCCAGUGGUCAAGCUCGCACGACAGUCUGGCAUCAAGAUCACCGACGAGGAUAUGUUCGACAUAUCGAUUUUGCAAGCCCUAUUCCCACCGUUCUUCGCUUCGGUUUCCGCCCAGGUUGCCAAAGAAUCUUUCAUGAGAUCUUCGCAGGAUGUCAUCCUCGGGGCCUCAACCACUGCACGCACACGGUUGACAGUCCGGUCGCUUUCGGCUCGCAUCAUGGAGGCCACUCUUGUCGUCCUUGCUGUGGCUGCAGUCAUCAUGGCCGUAUUCUGCCCUCGGACGGUCUCGAUUCCAUGCGAUCCAGGAUCCAUUGCUGGCACAGCAUCGGUCUUCUCAUUGAACCAACCACUUUUGGAGCAUAUGAAGAACGACGUUCCUCCAGAGAAGACCCAACUGGCACAGCAGUCAUGGCGGCCUCUAGUGCUAAAGCCCUUGGCUCGCAGCCUCGGCUUGGUCACCAUUGCGGCUGUUGUUGUUGUGCUCGAGACCCUGUUGCAAGUGUCGCGGAAGCACAGUGGCAUCGUCAACGUCAACCUAAACCAGUAUAUUCACUAUACGUGGUCCUACAUUCCCGCUUUAAUGAUGGUCAUCAUCAAGCUGUUCGCUCUGUCACUUGAUUUCAAUACGAGGCUGAUGGCUCCAUUUUCGCGACUAAGGCGGGGCGGAACCUACAAAAACGCCCUGAACGUCAGUUAUUUGAAGCAUCUUGCACCCGCAGCCAUCGUCUCCUCGGUCCGAGCAAGACAGUUCGCCGUCACCGCAACGACGCUCAUGGCGCUCAUUGGUGGGCUCCUUACGAUUGUUGUGAGCGGCGUAUACGACGUAGCACAAAUACCAACCCAAUCUCCAGUUCAAGUACAGCGUCAAGACUCAUUCCGAUCGGUCGAGAACCUUACCCUGGAUAUUACCAGCGAUGAUAAAGGAGGGAUGCUUGGGGCCCUAAUUCUUGACCAAAACCUGUCAUACCCCAAGUGGACGUACGACGAGUAUGUUUUCCCCAAGCUGGAAACGGUACGUGACACCAGCGACCUGGAGCUUGGCGAUUUCAUUGAUACCACUGUGUCCGCCUUGCAUGCCCAACUGCAUUGUAGAUACUUGACAGGCCCCGAGGUAAAUGCUUCGGUGAAUUGGACAGAAGGUGGAAAACUCAAUGUUGUGAAACCCCCGGCCCUCGCAACCUACGUCAAUACACAAUCAGACAUCUACCUGGGAGGCCUCGACCCAGUCGUGGAGGGCGGAGUUUUUGGCACCGCGGAUUGGUCAGGAGUCGGGAACGGAAUAGGCGAUCCGCCGGAGUACGCAUAUAUCUGGGGAUCCUUGAGCGGCCGAGAGAUCGACCACAUUGUCAUCCUCAUGUGCGACGAAGACAUCCACACCAUCGAUGUCUCUGCCCGGUUCUCACUGCCAAGCUUCUCCAUCGACUCAGGCGUCCCGCCCGUUCCAGUCGUAGCCACGUCGAAGUGGUUCACGAAUCUCUUCCUCCUUGAGCCUUACUCAGGCCAGUUACCGAGGGAACCUGACGGCCCAUUUCCACAGGAUGAGUUCUUCACCCUAUUGGUAGAAGGUAGUGGCGGCAUCGAAGUGUCGGAUCUUAAAGAGCCCUCGAAAAUCGACAAGAUUGUGGACACGAUCAAGCACUUCCACGGCAUCGUACGGGCUCAGCAAUACAACAUCGUCCUGCGGCAAGCUCCAGGUCAGAACGAAACACUUGCGACCCUCCGAUUCCCGAGCACGAUGACCAGCAACAGUCGGAGCAGACUUAUCCAGCAUGCAGUGUCGACGCGUGUCUUGGAAGGCAUGCUUCUCGCAAUGCUUGUCCUUGGGGCGGCUGCUACAUUCAUGAUGAAGACAAGAGACGUGUUGCUCGAAAGCCCCUGCACCAUUGCCGCCAUGGCACGCUUGCUGGCUCAGUCAAGCAUUCUCGAGGGCAGAUCAGGGUCCGAAUCCACACAAGAUUUCUCACCUAGCGAAUCUCUAGCCGAGGCCGAAUCGUCCGAGGGCCGCAUAUUCAGGCUUGAUUGGUUUGACUGGAGAGGAGACAGUCAGGAGAAAACGAGAGUUUUCACGAUCCGGGCCGUGGAUUCGGUCGAACUCCCGACGAGGGUUGCUGACCAGCCGCCUAAGGAGGCGAUUCCAGCCACGGCGACUGCGCGAGAUUAUUCUCUAGUAGCAACACACGAUGCUCACCCUAGCUUCCACUCGGAGGAUUUGGACCGAGACAGAGAUGAGGAGCGUGGGGAUAACGCGAUCCCUGCAGUUACAAGUGGACGAGAUGGCGACCACAGAGCGGAGACGGAUUCUUUGGUUCGAACAGGAUACCAAGGCUAG